AUGCCAUAUUUUGAAGUUGAAGGCGCCUCUCUCUAUUAUGAGACCGUUGGCAGUGGUCCUUUGUUAUUCUGCAUCCACGGCGGCAAUGGAUCAGGAGACAUCUGGAAGCUCUUGGCCGAGUCACUCAAGGAUCAGUAUACGGUUGCCUUCUAUGAUCGUCGAGGGUUCUCCCGAAGUUACUUGGCCGGCAGUCAAGACUAUGAACACCGACUUGAACGAGACGCAGAUGAUGCUCGUGAACUUAUUGAGCAUCUCUCCAAGGACCCUGCGACCGUAAUUGGAAACAGCUCCGGAGCCAUCGUAUCUCUGGCACUUUUGAGCCGUCACCCCGACGUUAUCCGUGCUCUUAUUCCGCACGAGCCCCCGGCAAUUAUGCUUCUUCCGGACAAGGACAAAUUAUCAGCCAGGCAAAGAGAUGUAUACGACACCUAUCGAAAACGAGGCGUAUCACCUGCGUUGAAGAAAUUCGUCGAGCUCAACCAAGCCGGUCCUGAGGGUCAGAUCAUGGUGGCUACCUUUGACCCGCGAAGCGGACCAUUUGUGUCCCAGAACAUGAUGUACUGGUUCGAACGUGAAUUCCUGGAUUAUCCACUCCAUGAAAUUGAUCUCGCUGCUCUGGAGAAAAAUAAGCACCGGCUCCUUCCGGCCAACGGGCAAAUGACGAAUCCUGAAGCUUUGCAAUAUCGCGCCAAUGUGGUGCUUUGCAAAAAGUUUGGUCGCAAGCUUAUGCUUCUUCCGGGCGGGCACGUGGGAUUUACAUCCCAUUUUGAGGCGUUUGCGAAGCAAUUGUUGGAAGCUUUGAAGGAGUUUGAGAAGACUCCUGGCAAAUUGUGA